AUGCACUGCAGGCCUGGGGAGCUGGGCGAUUCGGCCGAGCGAGCAGCCGAAGUCGAUGACUUUACAACGUCGCUGAGCGGUGCGCCAUCCCGGUUCGCCCGCACCGGAUAUUAUGAUCGAUUGUUCAAGGCUGGGAAUACCUGGAGCGGCGACUUGUACAGCAUUCCUACUUACGGCUUCAACCCCAACUACAAGAAGGACGGACCGUACCGCCUG